AUGUUCUGGUGCGGCACCCUCACCCUCACCAUCGACCUAACCCCCACGCCCUUACAAACACUUACCAAAAUGAAAAUCCUGGCCUCCAUUCUCCCUUCUUACACACCCUACACGCACAUCAUCAAACUAGCCAUCCGAACUUCAGCCUACAGAUGCCUGUCCACUAUAGAAUACAAGCAGCACGUCUCCGAUUUCCAACUGCUCAUUUCCCAAAUAAACAAAUUUGAAAAAGUACAGGAACUUCAUAUGACACUUGUGAUAGGCAAAUGGGCGCAUUAUUUUUCGCAGUUGAGGUUUUGUGCGGGGUUGUAUGGGUUGCGGAGGAUGAAGUGGAGUUUGGCUUAUAGGGUUGAGGGGGUGGAAGAAGUGGGAUUGCAGGAGAUUGAGCCUGAGUGUUGUUUUAUGAGGUGGUUGGUGCGGGUGUACUGGAGGGAGAUUGUGGGGAAUGGGGGCUUGGAGAGGAUUGUUGAGUGA